AUGUCAGAAGAACGUGAGCCUUUACUAGAUGGACAAGAUGGGAAAGGUCAACUGUCCGCUAACACGAAUGUCAGCCGUCGGGAAGCGGGGGUAAAUUCAACUGCCAGUGGUAGCAGUGGUGGGAAAUAUAUACCAAACACGAAUUCUGCAACAGAAACUGCUAAUGUUGCAAGGAAGCCACAGCAACAGCAAGAGAAUACUAUCCUGGAUCCGCUGCUUCCAAAAGUUAGUACAAAAGUUGGUCCUCAAAGAACUUCAAGAAAGGCACAGAAACUUAAGUUACUACCAGAUGAGGCUUUCGAAAGGAUAAAUGAAGACGAUGCACCUCAGGAUCGUGACGUGUAUUCACAGGUAAAUAGAAUCACUGACAAGCCUGCUAGAAGAGAUGCAGAAAAAUUAGGCAAGAAUCAAAGACAUCUUUUACCCAGAGUCACAGCGUAUUGUACUGCGAGCUUGUACAAAAUGAAGGAACUUAUAAGAUGGCUCAAGGACUGCAAAAGGUUCAAUCAUACACAUCCGAAGCUUUUCGAUGAGUGCUUAUACACGCCAUUUAUAUAUACGGAUUGGAGAGGAGACAAAAGAUUUGAACACGAGGACGUGAUAAGAUUAGAUGACGAAGGUGGUGAAAUCAGCACCAGUGAUAAACAACCAGAUUUGUUCAUAUUCGAGUAUGGUGUAAUAGUGAUGUGGGGUUUCACUGAGAGAGAAGAAAAGGCAUUUUUAAGAGACCUUGAAAGGUUUGAAAAGGAGAAACUAGCGGAGGAAGAUGUUCAAGUUGAGCAGUUUAACUAUUACAUUACACAGAGUUAUCAACCCAGAAUUUACAACGAUUUUAUCACUCUACGUGAUGGGUCCAACUACAUGAUUAAACUAUCGAUAUCUCAUGCCAUAGCGCAAAGUGUCAAGAUAUCAUUGUUUGAAGAGUUGGUGGAUAAUACCAUCGAAGAUACCCAAGACAUACCGCAAGAAAUUGCUUCGAGUGGUAAAGUCUCGAUGAGUAAAGAGGAUAUCAUGAAAAGUAUAGGGGAGUUAUUCAUUCUAAGGAUAAAUAUCAAUUUGCAUGGUUCCGUAUUAGAUUCACCAGAGAUCAUGUGGUCUGAGCCACAGUUAGAACCGAUCUAUCAGGCAACAAGAGGUUAUCUUGAGAUCAACCAAAGGGUAGCAUUGGUGAAUCAGAGGCUUGAAGUUAUCAGCGAUCUAUUGCAGAUGUUAAAAGAACAAUUAGGACAUUCGCAUGAAGAGAACUUGGAAUUCAUCGUCAUUUUGCUAGUAGGUGUAGAAGUAUUAGUAUCGGUGGUAAACAUUAUAGUGGAUAUAGUAGCAGACAAGAGAUAG